CUCCAUCAGGCACAGAAGGACAUUCCUUGCGGUCACCGGAGCGACCUGUUUUUGGAAGAUUGUGGCGACGAGGUAGUUGGCGACCCUAGCUAUGAAAAUACCUCACGCACAGCCCUAUAUCUCCCUCGCAGCCCUCCCUCGGGCCUCGAUCCGGGCGGCGUGGCCAGCCAUGGGCAGAGAUAGCCUCGAAAGUCGCGCACUAUCAGCUCAACAGCAGGCCAAGACAUGCGGGCGGCGGCAUUCGCCCCACCCUCCGGGAAAUCUGGGUGCAACUGCUGGCUGCCCGGUGGUGGGAGCAAAAAGCACCCCACCUUGCUUUGCUCACCAUUUUUAUGUCGCUCAUGCCACCAACAUACGGCUCCCCUCCUUCGCCUCCUUCCCAUCCCACACCAGUGACUUCGGGGACAUCUUAGGAUUUUUUCUCAAGCCUUCGGAUCCAAUCUUCCUUUCUGUACAGACUAGAGCACUUUGAAACCCUCUUUCAAUCCAAAUACCAGUCACCAUG